GCCGACCAGGAUCAGGGUUUGGCGUUGGGCGUGUGCGACCUUGCGUGUUGGCCCUGAGGUCCAUGCUUGCCCAACUUUCCGUGGCGCUUCGGAUCGACUCUGUCCUCUUCGAGGAUGCCUCACGCGUAGAGAAUCACACUCAGUGCUAAAUGCUGCGGCCACUGCAACAUGUCGGGUGCCGCGGUGUUGCUCAGCACCAAGGGGCUUAUUUGCUCACGCGGAGGCAUAUAAGCACCACAACGCCCGCCACCACCGUCGCACAGCUCUUGAGGUCAACCGCCGAAGCAUCCUCUUCUCUUUCGACCCAAGGUCCGGUGACCUUGAACGGCUUUGUUCGGACCGUCAGGAAGCAGAAGCGUGUGGCCUUUGCCGCCAUUGGCGAUGGCACUUCAUUGGACGCUGUUCAGGCUGUCUUGACCCCGGACCAAGGCAAGGAUUUGUCCACAGGUGCUGCAGUUCAGAUAAGCGGGCAGUGGCAGAAGAGUCCCUCAGGAAAAGAGCAAAGCCAUGAGCUGGUUGCUAGUGAAGUGACGCUUCUUGGUGACAACGAUGCUGAAAGCUAUCCCAUUCAGAAGAAGUACCAUUCCGCCGACUUCCUGCGAACACUGCCCCAUCUACGCACCCGCAUUCCUUUCAACGCCCUGCUGCUUCGCUUGCGAUCUGAAUCCAUACGACAUGCAACGGAAUACUUCACCAAGCUGGACUAUGUCCAAACACACCCGCCCAUCAUCACUUCGUCUGAUUGUGAAGGUGCUGGAGAGGUCUUCCAUGUUCGCGAUAAUGCAGUGUCCACGACGAGGGAAGAAAAGGAGGGAAAAGAAUUCUUUAGGUCCCAGAAAUACCUUACCGUGUCUUCCCAAUUGCAUCUCGAAGCUUUGGCUCAAUCUGUUGGCAGGGUGUGGACGCUAUCCCCAACUUUUCGCGCGGAGCAUAGCGACACUCCGCGCCAUCUGAGCGAGUUCUACAUGCUUGAGGCCGAAGCAUGUUUCGUUGAUGACGUGAAUGCAAUCAUGGACGUAGUGGAGGGCCUGAUUCGCGCCAUCGUGAACGGGUUGCAGAGCUCAACGACGGGUGAGCAGCUUCUCUCGGCAUCGGCCAAGAAACACCUCGAUGAUCAUCAAGAAACAAAGGCAGCAGACAUAGAAGCGAGAUGGAACGGUAUUAUAGGUAAGCCCUGGCCGCGAAUCACCUACUUUGACGCCAUUGAACGUCUUCAGGCUGCUAUGGCAGACGAGGGAGUUAGCUUUGAGCACUCGCCUUGUCUCGGAGCCGGCCUUCAAGCGGAGCACGAGAAGUUCAUAGCAGAGACAGUGGGUCAAGGAAGCCCUGUCUUCAUCACGGAUUAUCCAGGCGACAUCAAGGCCUUCUACAUGGCUCCCUCAAUCACUCAGCAAAAUCCGGACAUAUCCACAGUUGCCUGCUUCGACUUGUUGGUUCCCGAACUGUGCGAGAUCGUCGGAGGAUCAAUGCGUGAGCAUCGCUUGGAACAUUUACUGCGAUCAAUGGAAGCUCAUAGACUCCUUGAUCCAAACAGUGCUUUUUCGACGGAUCUACAGUCUUCGAUCCCUACAGCCCUGCAGUGGUACGUAGAUCUGAGACGCUAUGGCAGUGUACCGCAUGGCGGUUUCGGCUUGGGGUUUGAUCGGCUAUUGUGCUAUCUAUCAGGGGUUUCCAGCAUUCGCGAUGUAGUGAGCUUCCCGCGGUGGUAUGGAAGGUGUGAUUGUUGAAGUUACGAGUGCUCAACGUCGACUGGUACGUGCGCAGCGAGAAGUUAAUCGGCUACUAUUUCAUGGCGAAAUUCGACUCCAGGUUGACGUGUUGACCGACCUUCCGCACCUAAAACCGUGACCCCUAGGCUGCCCAUUCUAAAUCUCAUCGCACUGUUCAGUGUGGCGGUGAAUAGCAUGAGGCAAGAUCUCAUGCCCAAGGAAAAAGCCGCCUGUUUUUAAAAGGAAGGGCUGUGGUUCGUGCUUGGAUUGAUGAGGUCAUGCGAUAGUCUAACCUUCGCUCGAGGCGGUAUGCAAGGGGACGGAAGAGAAUGUAACACGAUUGUGCUAACACUGUAUACCCUAGUCAUGGACAAUAACUAUGCAUACUCCUCUCAAGCAUUAUCGGCCCCUCUCAAUUUCUAUUCCUCUAUUUUUUUUGCUCAUUUUUAUUCCGUUCGCAAGUUCGCAUGCACACCCUAGGCCAUCAACUCAGAGUGGGAGAUCUUUGAAGAUUUUACCUUGUUAAGCAAGCGAAUCACCUUGUUCCCCUCGGAUCUCGCCGAAGUAGAGCAGACCUUAUCUACUAUGCAAUCCUUGGUCCAUCGAAAGAUCUGUACGGAGUAUCACAUCUCAAUUAUUCUGUGUGGCCCGUGGUUUUCUAUGGGUGAACGAGGAUCAUCUCAGCGCGAUCUGUCCCGUCGAUUCCGAUUGGGACGAAUAGGAAAAUUUCGAAUAACCAUAUGUACCUCAUGUGGACAAUUCAUCAAGAAGAAAGACGAAGAGCUGAAAGCAGAACACUUCAUGGAAAUAAUGGCUGGAGAUAGAGCGCGACUUAUGCCCUUCAUCUGCUACAAUAAUGAAUCCGAAUGCAGACACUCAAUACAGCAUCGCACCCCUCUCGCAAAGGGUGAAAAAUAUUGACGUGGUAGAUUCUCAAUCUUUCUUUAUGUCUGAUUACAGCGAAGAUUGUUCAAGUUGGC